AUGAACUUUAACUAUAGCGGAAGAAGGCCAGCGACGGAUCUCAAGACCGUGCUCAAGACUGAAAUUAAAGAGUGGCAUUUCCACAUCUACUUCCAUCAAACCAACGCCGAGGAGCGACAGUAUGCACUGGAGCUCCGGGACGCAAUUCUUUGCUUGCGUCGCGAUGGCGCGUUUGUUGCUGUCCCACUCUUCCGUGUGAACGAAGUUCCCAUGGGUCCACAUCCAGUUGGGUCGUAUGAAGUCUGGGUACCCUCAGAAACCUUUGCCUCUGUGUACUCGUAUCUUUGUAUGAACCGAGGUCCUCUCAGCAUAUUGGUCCACCCCAUCACUCGAGAAGAGCGUAUGAAAGUUCUCUUCUGUCUGAUGCCUGCUGAUGUUGUCAGCGAUCACGACUCCCGCAGCUCUUGGAUCGGGCCCCCCUUCCCGCUCGAUCUGACCAAACUUCCUAUACUGACCGUUACCGUCCCUCUUCAAUACCCGAGUCUAAGUACAACAAGAGUUGAUCCAGUUCUGUCACCAACAUUGAACAUUUCUCUAGAGGUCGGGUAUUCUUCCAACAAUCCGUACAUGAGCCUGGAAGAUCGUGCUGCCCUUGGAGCCAACGUUGAGAAGAUGCUUUUGAAGGAAAAGGACGCUGCGAGGGCUCCAAUGGCUUCGUAA